GAAUCAUUUAUUAAACCGACAGUCGUGGUUCGGGAACUAGCCUCCACGAAACAUUCUAAAGGAAAGAUUCCAAGAUGGCCGUUCGGUGUUUCAUCAUUCUUCAGGCGCUAUGCGUGACCUUUUGCCUGGCCUAUUCACAGUCAAACGAAGAAACAGCUAGAGAAUUUAUAGAGCAUGUCCUCAGGAUUCCUGACCCUGAAAAGAUUCUGAACUCAGCACGUGGAAGACUUGAGAGGAGUAGACAACAAGAGAUGAGACAGCGUGUUUCUUCUGACGUCGAUUGUGAAGACCCCGCGGAGUUGCUACCUGAAUACACGGCAUCACUCCAAGGACCUCGAGAGUUGAGGCAGCUGGGAGCACAGAAACAUUACCCGAUCUGUCAUUUGGAAAGGAAAAUUAAGAAGCUGAAUACCAAUGAGUAUGAAUACAGACCAGCUUAUUACGAAGAAGUUCGUUGCACCAUGUGGUCGAAUGAGGAUAUCGGAGACACUAAUGAGAUAUGUUCAAGCCUCGGGUUUGCCUGUGUGCAGUGGAACAAAACUAUCCACCUGACUAGAAGACGAUACAAUAGCGAUUGUUGGGAAACCAGCACCAUGGUGAUACCAGCGGGUUGCGAGUGUAUGUGGCCAGUACAUCGGCUCGGAGACAUGAACCUUCGAGUUUAAGCCAACUGAAGACAGAAUCUCCCGUCCCAAGAACCACUAGAUUUCCAAUUAGAUUUAUCCUAAAAAUAUAUAGCCGUCAACCAUUUUGAGGCCCAAUUUCAUCGGCAAUAUAAACGUCAGUUGUCUUAAAAAAAAUAUUAGGUAAACCUGUGAAUUUUCAGGUUUAAGUUUCAAAGUAAAAAGUCGUUUUCAGAAAAACGAUUGAGUGUGUUGUUGGUGAAGUUGGACCUAAGUUACACAAAAUAAUCUGUAGUUUAAGAGCAUUUAUUCUAGUCAUGAAAGGUUUCAGUUUUUAUCAAUUUUAUUUCUUAAUCUUAAUAAUCAUUACCUAGAUAUAAAACUAUUUAUUUUGAUAAAUUAUACAAGGAGUUUAAAGCUAUGUGAGACAGAUUAUAUACAUUAUACGUUAUUAUGUACCUAUUAUUUUUGAUUGUACCAAUUUCUUGACUGCUUUAGAUAAAUAAAAAAUGUGUACUUACUGGCACCAUUCAUGUUCAGGUUUGAGCUCGAGACGACACACUGUAUCAUGUUAUAUAGUAAUUAAAUCUAUAGCCAUUUAUAUACCUACUUAUGAUCAUAAAGUACUUAACUAAAUAUGACAAUCGGUUACUAUCACAUUAUAUACCUACUUGCCAAGCCCAACAUAUCAAAUUUUUUUACACAAUAUACCUACUCUUGUCAUUUGAAAAUAUUGUAUCCUUUAAUGGUUAUGAAGAACCUAUAAAAGUUAAGUACUAAGCAGGUUAACGCCAAUAAUGCAUUUAUUUUUAGAUAAUGAGAAAAGUUGAAGUUGAUUUCAUACAUGACAGACAAAUGCAAACCUUUUGCUAACACCAAGCGUUAUAAUUUAUAAGCGGUUACUGACUGCGAAAGAAUUUUCUUUCAGGCUACAUCUAUCAAAGAACUUAUAAUUAUUAUAACUUAUAAAAAAUAUUAUUGAUUCUUUGAUCGAUUUAGCCUCAACCUGUUAGUAAUGUAAGCAUGCUUAAUUAAAAUGUACAGUAGGAUAAGCAAAAUACAAAAAAAAUAUUAUCCUGUACUUACUUAUAUCAUAAGUCAAUGUUACACGUUAAUUAAAAACUAACGAUCA